AUGUGUCAAAAGGUCGAGAUCCUCAUCGUCUGCUGCGAGCAGCACUGCUCCAACGUCUACAGCAACGGCCUCCGAAAGCCUCAGAUGCGUCUCAUCCCCCACCCGGAAACAGCCUUCGUCCUCUGCGGUGCGGCCCUCGACCUAAACUACAUCAGCGACCGCUUUUUCAUGGACCUCCCCGUCUGUUCCACCGUCCCCAGAAACUGCCCUGACCUGCUCGAGAACUACAAAUUCCAGCUCGUCCUCUCGCAGGUCGCUUCGAAGCACAUCAUGGAGCUGGAGACCAACUCGCGCGUCCAGUGCAACAGCUGCUCUGGCACGGGAAAGCCUCAGUUCGUUUCAAAGACUGGCAAGAAGUCGACUAUACAGUCGAUUGCUCCUUCUGGAAAGGCGCAUGUUGAGGCUUUGUGGACGUGCUGUGCUGAGGGCAAGUGUAGGCCUGGACAGGAGUGCCAGUGUCGGGCUGCUACUCUGCUUUGUCGUGACUCUGAUUGGGCUAAGGAAGGUGAAAGCUGCAUCAUGCGAGGCGAUGGCGAUUUUGAUCUCGAUGUUGAAAAGAUUGCUUAGAGGUUGGCCGGUCUCGUGCUAAGGUACUUUAGGAAAGGUGAGGCGUUCAUAGACUCAUGAUAAAUCGGGUUGCGAUAAAAGAGUGAUUAGU